AUGCCUCGUUGUCAGGCGCCUCGACUACACAAUCUCAACUCACGUCGUCAAAACGUGCAGUACCACAGUUCUGCCUCGGAACGACUGCUCAAACGAUACUGGAGGCCAUCAAAUCAGCGAAUUAUGACCGAUAUAAGUUCGCAGAGGGGGGGCCAAGGGUGUCGCUUUUGGCUGGAUAAGGUGGCGGCAUUGAUGCAAGAAAAUCGAAUAACCGACAGCGAAAGUGAAACGCAAGCAGCCCGUAGCGCUCUUCAGCAAGUUUGCUAUUCUGAAAGCCAGCUCUUUCCGGCAGCUCAGAUUACUGGAAUGACCCCAGGAGCCUCCCAUUAA